GAUUCACAAUGGCGGCGAAACCAAGUCAGUUUAAACUUUUGUGUUUGAGUUGGAUACACAUAGCAGUUCUUUAUUUUAACAUAUUUAUUGACGCUACUGACUUGACGUGGGAUGAAAAUGGAUAUAUACUUUACUGUCCCUGCAUGGGUCGGUUUGGAAACCAGGCGGAUCAUUUUCUUGGCUCGCUGGCUUUCGCCAAAAUGCUGAACAGGACUUUAGCGGUUCCGCCAUGGAUUGUUUACCGGCAUCACGCGCCUCCGUACACUAAUGUGCAUGUUCCCUACAGUGAAUAUUUCCAGCUGGAGCCGCUGAAGCAGUACCACCGUGUGGUGAGUCUGGAGAACUUCAUAGACCAUCUGGCUCCGACACACUGGCCCCCGGGCCAGAGAGCCGCGUACUGCUUCGAGUCGGCCAUCCAGCGGAGUUCAGAUAAGAAGAGCUGUCCUAUGAAGGAUGGGAAUCCAUUCGGUCCAUUCUGGGACCACCUUGGAGUUGAAUUUGACCAUUCUGUCCCAUUUGGUGGCCUGUAUUUCAGCUCCUACUACAUUCCACAUUGGAUUAAAAGGUUUCCCCCAGCGGAGCACCCGGUGUUGGCUCUUCCUGGAGCUCCAGCUCAUUUCCCCGUGUUGGAGGAGCAUGUGGACCUGCAGCGCUAUGUCGUGUGGACUGAGAGGAUGGUGCAGGAGGGCGAGAAGCACAUCAGCAUGCUGCUUUCCAGACCUUAUGUGGGAAUUCACCUUCGCAUUGGAUCAGACUGGCAAAAUGCCUGCAAGAUGCUGCAGACGGGUGACGCCGGUCCCCACUUUAUGGCCUCGCCGCAGUGUGUGGGUUAUGACCGACAGACAGCACUGCUGCUCACCUUUACCAUGUGUCUGCCUGACCUGAAGGAAAUCCUGCGUGCCGUCAAGCUCUGGGUGAAAAAGAUCAAAGCUCAGUCUGUCUACAUCGCCACUGACUCAGAGUCUCACAGCUCCGAUAUUGAGAAACUCUUCAAAGGAAAGGUAAAGGUGGUCAGUGUUCAGCCAGACGUGGCUCAGCUUGACCUUUUCAUCUUGGGCCAAGCCGACCAUUUUAUAGGCAACUGUGUCUCAUCCUUCUCAGCUUUUGUUAAGCGGGAAAGAGAUAUCCAUAACAGGUCCUCCUCCUUCUUUGGCAUGGACUACCCUAUUAAAAAGGAAAGAAAAGAUGAACUUUAGAAACCAUCUUGCACUGAAGUGUUUAACUCUGAAAGCUGACUUUUUUGUGAUCUCAGGUGAAUACUUUACAGAAGAGUGAAGCUCAGAAGGGGUUUUGGUAUGGUGUAGAAGACACAAAAAGUUUCAGGCAAAACUCAAUGCAGAAGUAUUUUGCAGAUUAGAACAUUCCAGACUUGAACAGACCAGUAUUGAAAAACAGUUCACGUGUAUAGCAUUGACCGGAUGCUGCCUUUUAAUGUACUCCUGUUAAUUUAGCUGUUUAGAUGCUAAAACUAAUGCUGAUACAUUGCCUAUUGUACGUGAAUACAUGUAUGUUGUAUUCACAUACUAUAGGCUAUACAGUAUAAAUUUAUGAACUAGAAACUAGUUGACAUUUGGUGUGUAAUAGUUGUACGUUAUUGGGACGUGAUUCCCCCCCCCCUCCCCUCGGGGGGCAGUAAAUGAUCCGUUGGAUGCUAAUUAUAGUGGCGUGAGGAGCUCAAAUUAGUCAGUUGGUUUGUGUUUAAUAACAAACCUGCACACUACAAGAAAGGGAUGCAAGGGUCUAUUACUUCACAAGCGAGUCUGUACACUCUAGGUGUGUAAUUUUUGUAAAGCUGUUGAAGAAUAAAUUGUACUUUUUAAGUUGAAACUGCA